AUGUCGGCUUCAUUGGCCGAAGCUAGAGCUGAAAAUGGAGGUUCUGAGAAAGUUUCAACUGAAGAUAAUAAAAGCGAAAGUACUCUUGAGGCGCAGACAAAUGGUUCAAUUGAAGGUAGUGUAGAAUCAUCCUUGCUAGUUAAAACAUCGAAGGAAUCGAAUACUUUAGAGCAGCCCGAACAAAAUUUAAAUUCGGAAGACAAAUUAAAAUCUGCUGAAGAUAUUAUUCCAUCUCAAAAACCGAUUGAUAACAAUCUUAGCAACAAAGAAAGCACCGAGGCAAAGAAUGAUCAGGAGCCACAGCCAUCUAAUACUUUGGAGCAAACAGAAGAGCCGGCACCUGCGACUACUGAAUCCGAAACCAAAACAGAAUUAGCUGGAGAAAAAUCGAAGAAUGAUGAAGAGGCAAAAGAAACAAAAAACAAUAAGGAAGAAAUGAAGGAAGAUGGUGAAAAGAAAAAUAUCGAAGAACAACCUAAGAAUGCUGAUGAAAAAACUGAGGUAGAAGAGAAGAUGGAGGUUGAUGUGAAGAAAGAGGAGGAAGAAAAAAAGGAAAAAGAAGAAAAUAGUGAGGCUGGAAAGGGCGCUGCAAAGCAAGGACUUCCUAAAUGGAUGGUUCAAAGUGCAAAUGCUCCUCCUUCUCCUUCACCUGAACUUUCUGAAAAAACUAGCGAAAAGCAAGAUGAAACAGCAGCUCCUAUUAAACGGCGAGGAAGAGGGCGUCGUUCUAUGGCUGAAAAGGCUGCCGAAGCUAAACAACAAAUUAAUGAGGGUGAAGAGGGUCAGAGUGAGGAGGCGCUUUCUCCGCGUCCUAGACGGUCCACUAGAUCUCGUGUUGAUUAUGCUAAUCCAGAUCCUAUGACCGUUGUUGCUGAAGCAGAUGAUGAGGAGCCAGGAGGAGGUGCAAAACGAAUUACUCGAAAUGCUCCGGGUCGCAAACCCAUUGUAGGACGAGGAAGGAAGCGUAAGGUAUCAGUAAGCGAAGAUGAAGAUGCUGGACAUGAAUACGAAGAUGAGGAUGACGAAGAUUAUGGAUCAAAAAAACGUGUUGCUAAUAAGAAGCGUUCAAGUGUUGGUAGCGCUAUUGGAACUCCAGCUUCAGGGGGUAUUAGGAAGAGAGGUCGUGGGCGCCCUGCUGCUGGCACAGGAAAAAGUUCAGGCAAAGCGCCUGCUAAAGGAAGAGCACCAAGAGGAGGAGGUUUUGCUAUUAAGCGAUUGUCAAGACAUGAUAAGGAUUCUGAUGACGAACACAGCGAAGUUGUUUAUGAUGAUAGAGAAUCUGAUAAGGAUCCAACUACUGAAGAAGAUUCUGCUGACGAGAAGCAACAGCAAACAAAGUCAGUUGCUCCUGUAAUGGACAGCAAAGUAGCAACUCCAGUGAAAGCUCAGACUAAAAAACGUGGGCGACCUGCAGGUGCACGUCAACAAAAACAAGGAGUUUCAGAUGGCAAGAGACGUGAUGAUGAUUCUAAUGAUGAUGGUUGA